CUGUGUGGGCGGGGCGUGUUUACGCUCCCGGCGACGUCACCACGCUUACGUAGAGACGGUCCGUGCCUUGACGCCAUGCAUCGCUGGUGUGGACCACGUCUCGACACCAAGGUGUGAAGACAGACGCGUUGAAGGACGUUGGUUUGUUUAUUCUCACCUGUGGUUGAGUGUAAUUCCAGCAGCAUGUCCGUCUCCAGCACACCCACCAGUAAUGAUGCCUGUCUGAGCAUCGUCCACAGUCUCAUGUGCCAUCGACAGGGAGGAGAGAGCGAGUCUUUCUCCAAACGAGCGAUCGAGAGCUUGGUGAAGAAGCUGAAAGAGAAGAAGGAUGAGUUAGACUCUCUGAUCACUGCCAUCACUACGAACGGAGCUCAUCCCAGUAAAUGUGUGACUAUACAACGCACGCUAGAUGGUAGACUGCAGGUGGCCGGUCGUAAAGGAUUUCCUCAUGUUAUAUACACACGGCUGUGGCGAUGGCCGGACCUGCACAAGAACGAGCUGAAACAUGUGAAAUACUGCCAGUUUGCCUUUGACCUGAAAUGCGACAGCGUGUGUGUGAACCCGUACCACUACGAGAGGGUCGUGUCUCCAAGCAUCGAUCUGUCUGUUCUGACUCUGGGCGGCCCAGGUCCGAGUGUAGAUCCCCUGGUGAAGGAUGAGUUCGAUGGUCAGCCGUCUCAUUCUGCUGCUGAUGGAGGUCACAGUAUUCAAACCAUCCAGCACACAGCCUCUUCCUCUGCCCCGCCUGACGCUUUCAACAGCCCCGCCCUCCUGCCGCCAGCCGACUCCGCAAGCUCCGCCUCCACAUCUGCAUUCACCAGUAUGGCUGCAGGUCCAACCAAUGCCCCCAGCUCAUGGCCCAGAGGAAGCAUAUUAAUUUUAUUUGUUAUUUUAGUACAUCGAGAUUAUUACUCCGACCACCCUCCUCUUCCUCAUACGGGCCAGUACUGGUCAGUGCAUAAUGAGCUGGCGUUCCAGCCGCCCAUAUCCACCCAUCCAGCUCCAGAUUACUGGUGCUCGAUUGCGUACUUUGAGAUGGACAUUCAGGUGGGCGAGACGUUUAAGGUGCCGUCUAACUGUCCCGUGGUGACGGUGGACGGUUAUGUGGACCCGUCAGGUGGAGAUCGCUUCUGUCUCGGCCAGCUGAGUAACGUACAUCGCACAGAGGCCAUCGAGAGAGCCAGGUGUGCAUCUUCAUCACUACUGAAUAUCAAAGGCGUGCGGCUGCGUGACGUCUGUGUUUGGUGUCUGCAGGUGUUUGAUCUGCGUCAGUGUCAUCGGCAGAUGCAGCAGCAGGCGGCGACGGCUCAGGCUGCAGCAGCUGCGCAGGCGGCUGCGGUGGUGGGAAACAUCCCAGGCCCGGGUUCGGUGGGAGGCAUCGCCCCUGCUAUCAGUCUGUCUGCUGCGGCGGGCAUCGGCGUGGACGACCUGCGGCGUCUCUGUAUUCUGCGCAUGAGUUUCGUCAAGGGCUGGGGUCCCGAUUACCCUCGCCAGAGCAUCAAGGAGACCCCGUGUUGGAUCGAAAUUCAUCUGCACCGCGCCCUGCAGCUCUUGGACGAGGUUCUGCACACCAUGCCUGUAGCCGACCCGCAACCUCUGGACUGAUGCUCGAACAUUAAACCUUCAACCUUAUUACAGUUGACCUCUGACCUUAGCCAUGAACUUCAGCAGAGUCGUCACUGAUUUUUUUUUACGCCAUCUGGCAACAUGUCGAAUACCAGCAAUACUACAAAACAACACUAACUUUGAUCGAUCCAACAGGACUGUUCAUCAAAACACCGUAAAAAUCACCCUUUAAACGAGACGUUCACUUUUGAUGUUUAGAGGAAAUGGACUCAUGCAGAAUGGUUGGAGUGGAGAUGUGUAGACUUCAUAUUGCAUUUAAUCCAGUGUCAGUCAGAUGCGUACCGUGGCCACAUACACACUGCAGCGAAACCCAGAUGGUUUGAUGUUCUGUGCACAACAAUCAUUCACACAACAAAGAUGAACCAUGUGCAAAUCGUCCGAAAAAAUCGAAUGCAUCAAUUCUAUUACGUUUUUAUUAAGACUAAUUUACUAAGAAAUUCAUUCAACUUAUCUUUCAUUGUAGUUUGUACAACCAUUAUCCUAUAAAUCAUGGCAUUGAACUGAAAGGUUUUAUGAACACUCUAGACAAACAUUCCAAAUUAUGUAACGAUUAUGGGGUAAAAUUAUGUAAAUGAUUGCAUUAAAUUGAAUGCAACUAAUUUAUGUAACAAUGGUUUUAUGACUUCUGGAUUAUGUCAUUUGCAUUGAUCUGAACGCAGCAAUUGACGUAAUCCAGAAAUUGCCAGACCGUUCUCACGUACACUAUCAUUCAAAAAGUUUAGAUGUUUCUUAAGCAGCAAAUCAGCAUAUUAGA